GGUUGCAUACUCCUUAACUUUUUAACAAUAGCAGCAGCAUCAAAUCAACCUCGUCUCCGUCAUCCCGAACUGAACUCCAAGCUGCUCUACUAGGGUUUUCCUCGCCUUCAAGAUGUAUACCUCAAUGAAGAAGAUCCAAAAGGACAAGGAUGUUGAACCCACCGAGUUUGAGCAGACUGUUGCUCAGGCUUUGUUUGAUUUGGAGAACACUCACUCAGAGCUCAAGAGUGACUUGAAAGACUUGUACAUCAAUUCCGCAAAACAAGUUGACGUUUUUGCAAACAAAAAGGCUAUUGUGGUUAAUGUUCCUUACCGAUUGAGGAAACCCUUCCGCAAGAUCCAUACUAAGCUUGUUAGAGAGCUUGAGAAGAAGUUCAGUGGCAUGGAUGUUGUUUUCAUCGCCACUAGAAGAAUAGUGAGGCCACCAAAGAAAGGGUCUGCAGCUCAAAGACCUCGUUCCCGCACCCUUACAGCUGUGCAUGAUGCCAUGCUUGAGGAUGUUGUGCACCCUGCUGAGAUUGUCGGCAAACGUAUCCGAUACAGAAUUGAUGGGUCCAAAAUCAUCAAGGUCUACUUGGACCCAAAGGCACGCAAUGACACUGAGUACAAGCUGGAGACAUUCAGUGGAGUCUACAGGAAGCUUUCUGGUAAAGACGUUGUCUUUGAGUACCCCAUGACCGAUGCAUGAGAUGUGUUUAACUAGCUAGGCUUUCGAAUCCUUUGCCUUAUAUUUUAUGUUGAGAAGUUGAGAAUUGUUUAUUUUUGCUUUUGAAAUUUUGACUAUACAAUAUUAGUCUCUUUUGAUCGUU